AUGAAUAACGUAGUAUGGUUACCAGAGACCGUGCAGGAUGGCGUAAUUAUUGCAAGCGAAAAGCAGCGAGAGAAUCCGUUGAUUGCAAAGUUGAAAGAGGUUCGUGUUGAGUUUUUGGCGGAUCUUGGUGUGGAUUUUGUGGUCAGUCGUUCAACAGGUGUAUCGAUUUGCUCGCUACGGUAUUUGAGAAUGUCCACAAUGCGUUAUAUCCAAGAGCGCAUGGAGCUUAGUCGACCACAUUAUAGAGUGUGUAUAUGUUUGGUUCAUGUGGAUUGUGAAGCAGAAGAUGACGUUUUAUUAGAGCUGAACAGACUGUGUUUCUACUUGGAUCACGCACUAUUUUUGACAUGGAGUUUAGAAGAAAUGGCAAACGUUCUAAGUAGCUUCAAAAUCUAUGAAAAGAAACGUGCGGAAGACUACUUACAACCAUACAGAGUGAAACAACUUUCUUAUAUGGAACGCGCACAAGCUUUCCUAUGCGCUUUAAAACCCCUUACCACAAGAGACGCUGAUAUUUUAUUGCAACGAUUCGGUUCAAUAAGGAAUAUUCUUAAUGCCAACAAAACAAUGCUCAUGACCUGCCAUGGUAUAGGACAGACCAAGGCCGACGCGAUCGUGGCAGCUGCCGGAAAUCCUUUCUUCCAAGAUGUUGACGAUGAUGAAGAUGAUGACGACCAUGAUGACCAAACCAAAAUUACCUUACAACUGAACCGGCAACUGGGUUAG